UCGCCUUAACCUUGGGCUUCUUCGAGAAACUAAUAGGUCGUCGACUCUCCAGUUUACCUCUGACGAGAAGAUUCCGAUAUCUAUCUUUUAACAAGUUGCCUUCAGGCUUUAAUAAACGCAAGGACUCCUGUAACUCAUCAGGCAGAACCAACUCCAGAUCUCUUUCUGGCAAAGCAAUCUUGCCAAGUUUCCGUCUUCGAAGUUCAAGAUCAUCUCCAUCGCUGCUGUCCGAAUUAUUGGCUUCAAGUUGUGCGAGGGCACGUGCCUGCUCCUUCUCUUUUAAUGCCUUGGUGAUUUUCUUGAUGUUUGCCACUUCCUCAUUCUUCUUUUUGAUGUUUGCCUCCAUCUUUGCUUGUCGCUCUGCCUCCUUCCUUCGCUUAAUCUUGUUCCUCUGCACCUGCGUUUUUCUUUCUGGUCUGCUAGCAUUCAAUCGAACAUCUUCGGCACCGCUCUCAAAUCCCUCCCAUGCGGAAUCUUCUUCCCACUCCGACAAAUCAGCUCUUGCUUCUGCCGCGUCAGCCUCCGCUGCCGACUUCAAAGACGCCUCAAGUUUGAGUUUUUCUGCUUCUACCAUUUCGCGACGUUUGUUCUCAGCUUCCAACUCCUUCUCACCCUCGGCCAUUAAUCGCUGUUCGUAAUCAGUGUAUACGGGAUUAUAACUGAAACCACCUUCCGGUUUUUUCACGGCCGGAAUAUUCUUUCCACUCGCUGCUAACGAAAUUGGUCUCUCCUUCAAAGAUUUGGGCGCCACUUUUUUCUUGGGCUUUUCGAGAAAGGUAAAUCGCGGGUCAAUCUUGACCUCUUCUUCAUCCCGUGCAGCAUCCCAUGGAUCGAAUGAUGCCUCCUUGACUACCGCCAAAGCCUCCUCCCUCUGUCCAUCCGCAAUCUUUCGAAGUCUAGCAAGCUCCUUAUGCGAGACAUAGCUCGUCCUUUGCCGCUUGGGUUCAAUAAUGCCAUCGGUGGUUUUCUCGACAGGGCGUUUUCGCAUGGAUACUGCCGGAACCAGAGAUCUUUGAGCAAUGAUUUCGUCGGCUUUAAGCGUCUUGGGGGCCUUGAUGAAUUUCUUUGGAAUGGCUGCGUCUCCAUCGACAUCAACCAUGAAAAGAUCCGCAGAGUCCUUUUCAACAAUUACUCCUCUGCAGGGAACAAUCAGCCUUGAAUUGCAAUGUUUCUGUUCGAGGUCCAUUUCUUACCCUUUGAUUAUUUGUUCUCGCACCUCCUCCAGACCCUCCUGUACCUCGGUGACAUCGACAUUUUUCCGCCACGCUUUCUUGCCUUUUCGCGAUGGUUGCUUGUGUUGUGCGGGUGCUUUGGAAGCAAGCGCCGCGCCCUUUGGCAUGAUAAUCGGCAUCUUGACGAAUCUUUGGUGGAAUGUGCUGCGUUGCGAGAAGUGGGAGAUGCCGGGCUUGAAGAAGUCCCAAGAUGAUUUGAAAAUUAUUGAACAGCGCCAAGUUAUCGGGGACGGAUAUUGGCAGCGGGGAAGAUCCGAAGUUUAUCCAUGCCUUGUCCGACCACGUGAGCUGCAGCUCUUACAGCCAAUCAGAUAUCCAUGGCUGUGGGACCUCAAAGUACUUCUGGACAAUGGAGGCGGAGCAAAGAGCUGCUGGCCAAGACCGACGUAUGAAUGCUCCUCGUCCCCUUUUACAGAUUAUUCACAGCCUGGCCAGAUCUGUGUAAUAAUCGGUUUGACUUCCUCCCCAAGCUAUCUGACGAGACCACGAAUUUCUGUAGAUACGCCAUCACCUAAUACCCAAACGAGCUCCUGUAUUCCGCGUCCCUUAAUUCCUCCAGCAACGACAUCGACACCAUGGCGCAAGCACCGGCUGCAGGCUCGUACAAUAAUCCCUUGAAGAAAUUCAAGUAUGUUUUCUGUGGCACCGAUGGCAAGAGGCGUAUGGCUAAUUGCUGAAUAGGCUGGUAUUCCUGGGAGAGCAGAGUGGUAAGAGAUCCAUUCGGUGGAUGAAUGAGGAGCAAUGCAAUACUGAUACCUCUUUGAAGUGGGGAAGACAUCGCUCAUCACACGCUUCAUGUACGAUUCGUUCGACAACAUGUACCAAGCCACAAUCGGUAUCGAUUUCCUCUCAAAAGUAAGCAAAGGAUGGUGGAUCUUGCGGGACUAGAAACUGAUGGUCGGGGUAGACGAUGUAUUUGGAGGACAGAACCGUGCGACUACAAUUGUGGGAUACGGCAGGCCAGGAGAGAUUCCGAAGUUUGAUUCCCUCAUACAUCCGAGAUUCUAGUGUGGCAGUGGUGGUUUAUGAUAUUUCAAGUAAGCACCUUUAUACUCAGUCAAAAAACACUCUCUAAUGGCUUCGCAGACGCGAAAUCAUUCCAAAACACGCGAAAAUGGGUUGAUGAUGUACGUGGCGAACGAGGAAACGAUGUUAUAAUUGUGCUGGUGGGAAACAAGACCGAUUUGAACGAUAAGCGCGAGGUCACGACACAACAAGGCGAGGAAGAAGCCAAGAAGAAUAACUUAAUGUUUAUCGAGACGAGUGCAAAGGUUGGCCAUAACGUCAAGAACUUGUUCCGAAGGAUAGCACAAGCCCUACCUGGUAUGGAGGGGGCAGAAAGUAGUACAACAGCUGGCAACACAAGUAAGUCGUGGAUCUCCGGAUAUUGUGGUGUACCUUCUGACAUACGAACUAGUGAUUGAUGUCAACAUCAACCCGACACCGCAAAACCAAGAAGGCUGUGCUUGCUAA